AAUGUAAAUUCCUGACCAUUUAAACUUAAAGCUGAAGUUCAGUACCAUGAACAGCGACAAGAGGCGUCUGCCCGCAUCCUCGCGCAAACAAUCAAAGCUAAAGCGAAUUGUGGCUUUCUCGUUUCUUUAGCCUGCACUGAUCACGCUUGAAGUAACCAGUACGCGAGAUAAACAUCUUCCCACACACCAGGGUAUGAGCAUGACUGUGAGUGCAGCUGGAGUUCAGGAGAUUUUAUUGGUCGCCAGACAUGACAGAAUCAGUUUUGAAACCUCCUUCGCACGAUUUGCGCAUAACAGGAAGACUGUAGUUUGAUCUCUACCACAUCCUCUACGAAUUUACCUGCAACAAUUGACGAAGACAUGAAAACGGUACACUAUGUUCUUCCUCAGACACGCGUCUGACAGAAUACCUGGAUUCUCUAUUACUCAGUGCCACAUAAACCAAGAAAUCCCAUAGACUGAGCGUUAAUACCGAUGCACUGAAUCACUCAACCUGUUCGAGCUCCUCUGAAGAUGAAGAUGAAAAAGCAGAACGUGCGCACGCUCUCUCUCAUCCUCUGCAUGUUCUCAUACCUGCUGGUGGGCGCCGCGGUCUUUGACGCGCUGGAGUCCGAGACUGAGAGCGCGCGGAAACGCUUCCUAGAACAGAAGCGCAGCGACAUGAAGAGGAAGUAUCGUUUCACUGAGGAUGACUAUCGGGAGAUCGAGCGGGUAGUGCUGCAGGCAGAGCCCCAUCGCGCUGGCAGACAGUGGAAAUUCGCUGGAUCUUUUUACUUUGCCAUAACUGUCAUCACCACGAUAGGUUAUGGCCAUGCAGCCCCCGGCACAGACGCGGGAAAGGUCUUCUGCAUGUUCUAUGCCGUCCUGGGCAUCCCUCUUACACUGGUGAUGUUCCAGAGUCUGGGCGAGAGGAUGAACACGUUCGUCCGCUACCUCCUCAGCCGUGUCAAGAAAUGCCUAGGGCUUCAUCGCACAGAGAUUUCCAUGGAAAACAUGGUUUUGGUAGGUUUCUUGUCCUGCCUGGGAACUCUGUGUGUGGGAGCCGCGGCCUUCUCGCACUUCGAGGGCUGGACGUUCUUCCAUGCAUACUACUACUGCUUCAUCACUCUCACCACCAUUGGCUUUGGGGACUUUGUGGCUCUUCAAAAGAAGGAGGACCUCCAAGAAAAGACACCUUAUGUAGUCUUUAGUUUCAUGUACAUCCUUGUGGGGUUGACAGUGAUCGGAGCGUUCCUCAACUUGGUGGUGUUGAGGUUCCUCACUAUGAACAGCGAGGAUGAGAAGCGGGACGCUCAGGAACGGGCCUCACUGAAGAGGGGUCGUAACCUCACAGCUAUGAAUUCUGGGCGGAACAAUCACUGCCAUAGCAACCUCUUCUUGCCCAUAGAGGAGGGGACCAGCUGCACCAACCUCAUCCCGUCCCCGGCAGAGGAGCGUGAGCUGUACUCGCCUCUGCCGUUACACACAAACCCGUGCCAGUCUCGGUCCCAAUUGAGCCUGCUGUGCACCAGCAUCUGCUAUCACUUGGGCUUCUGCAACAGCCCAACCCCAUCCCAAAACCAGUGCCCUGAGUACAAUAUUAACUCAGUGUACUACAACUCUGUUUCCUACAAGAUACAAGGCAGCUCCUCAACCAGGAACAAUACCGUUCUUUCCUCUCCAGGCAGCACACUUUCUCCUGGGCUCAGCUUCAGAGAGCUGCCAGGCUUACGGAGGAAGUCACUGUAACAGCUUUGCUGGAAAGAACUAGUGGGCUGUUGUCUGGUUUAGACAGCGAGUAAACUGAGAGAGCAUAUGUUUUGUAGUGCAAGUCAGCAAAGACAACAGAAGUUUGAAGUAUUUUUAAACCUCUUAAAGAUGAAUAAGCAUGUCUUUUUAAAGGACAGCAAUUGUGUACUUUGAGUUUAUGUUAAAGGAGAUAUAUAUGAUAACUGUAACAGUCUCUUAAAAUAUCAAAAUAUUGGGCAUUUAAAACUCACUGUCAUCUGAAUACCUGUUACAACACUUACUUUGCUAUGAUCGGAUGCCAUAUUUUAAGCCCCAAAAGAACAUUACAAAUACUGAUAAAUAUCCAUUUCAACUGGAAGUUAUGUGGCUUGUUUUAGGGGCACAAUGAAAGUAUAAAGAUACUAUAAUGAUCUCAAACCUUUCUGCUGCAUAGGAACUGCACUAGCACAUACAAUGAUAGACCAGCCUCAAGCAAGGAAACUGCCUUUUAGUGUUUUUACAUGAUAUGAGAAUGUCGAAAGUGAAAGUGACUUAAAAGUGUGAGAUUUACUGAGAGACUAAUCUUCUCACCAUUGUGCCUUGGAGCAAGUGUCACAGUCACGUUUGGUUUGGUUUGAUUUUCCUUUGUUCUAGUUUACCGCCACUCAUCAGUUACCAUGGACACUAACACACAUCAUCAAAGCUAUUUGUAUUUAAGUUAAUCAUCACUGUGUAUUUAAGUUCCUGCUUGUGUUCUCUUUAGUUGUCCGGUAUAGUUUGUGUAUAGACACGCUGUUUCGCAUGUUGGCUUCUGAUUGGAUUACUUUAAACCCUGUGAGGUUUACUAUCAUCAUUUUCUUCUUCAUUGGACCUUAGCGUUACAGAAUACCGGACCAAAAUGGAUUAUGCAGCUCAAUUCGCUGCCGCGGCUCAUGAGAGCCCGAACGUUUUCAUUUUCACAGAGGGAUUUUGUCACCUUGCACUCACCUGCCCCUAUGACGGCGAGACCCUGAAGUCACUUCCUAACUUCCAUCAUCCCAUCGACCUCCCAGACCCUGAGGGACUUGACUGGAAGGACCAAAGGGAAUGAAGAUGGAGGACUGGCUAAUGGACUUCAAUCGGGACUUGUCAACUCCCUCCCUAUCCCACCCGGUAUAUGAAUCUUUAUUGCUUACGAAGAACUGUAAGGACUCUGAUUCCUCAGUCUUAUCGCUGUCUAAGGACAGCAUGGUGAACAUUAUGGACUGGAAUUUAUACUUUGCUUCAACAUUUGUGGACUGUGUUAUGAUUACGGUCAUCCUGUCAAGUCUCGUUUCAUCACCACCACCACCACCACAGAGCUCAGCCAGUCCUCCAGCCCCGUCACUGCUGGAUGUUUGUAGCCCUGCGCCAUCUCCGGGGAGUCCUUGCUAUGAUGUCAAGCCGCAGGUCGCGCAACCAUCAGGAGUGCCUGUGCGUAAGGAUCCUACGGCUCUGCAUCCAGCCUCUGAUCACUUCGCUUCAUCUCGACCUGUCGGCUCCGCGUCGGCUCCUCCCACCUUUGGCUCCACCGGAGACCCUCAUGGCUCCACCAGUGCAAUACCAGCACACAUACAUAGAUACAAAGGAUGCAUAGCUUCUCUAAGGUUGAAGUUGGUUGAGCAGGAUAUUUCCCCAAAUCAUAGUGGCUCCACUGGGUUUCCUCGUCCCAUCGGCUCCCCAUUGGUCAGUCAUUACACCACUUUGUAGGGGAAUUUACAGUUAAAGACCCAAAGACCAGAUAUGACGAAUGAAGACCCGGAGUCAGAGUUUAAAAAAAUAAAUUGAAGAAAAUUUUACUGACGAAUAGUUUACAGUUUCAUCAGCAGAAGACAGCUUCAACACUCACAAGGAGUUUGUUGGCAGCUCUGAUUACACAUUCAAUACAGCAACAGUUAUACUCAAACAGAGUCCACAGAUGAAAACAAAACCCUGGUCUAGGCACGGAGUGACCUCCGAGGUUAUAGAACUGCUUUUUUAGGUGCCAAUUUGUUGGGAAAAUCAAGUCAUUCCAUUAUCCAGGGUGCCAGUUGUUCAUCUUUCACCAAUACUGCUCUGCAACAAGAAUACCUGCACACAUACAUAGAUACAAAGGAUGCGUAGCUUCUCAAGUACUUUGAGCAGGAUAUUUCCUCAAAACAUAUAGAUAAGUUGUACUUUUCUCUCAGUGAGAGGUACAGACAAUAUUCAUCAUUAUUCUCUUGUGUUUGAAGAUGAAAAGGUAAAUAAAUGCUUUAACAUACAUUAAAGAAGUCAUUCAAAUCAUUUAAUAUUUAGAAGGAUAAAUAUUGAUUAAUAACUUGAUUAUAAAUCACUCAAAAGAUAUAAAUUGAAGCAGCAGUGGAUCAGUUACUAUGGACACUAACACUCAUCAUCACAGCUGUUCGUCUUUUAGUAAAUCAUCAUCACUGUGUAUUUAAGUUCCUGCCUGUGUUCUGUUUAGUUGUCCAGUAUUGUUUGCGUCUCAUGUUUGCUCGCUGUUUCGCAUGUUGGCUAUCUGUUUGGAUUACUUUAAUAAACCUUGUGAGUUUUUUACUAUCAUCAUCUUCAGGUCUUCAUUGGACCUUAGCAUUACAACAAGACACUGAAUCCCUGGUAACAUCAAGAGGGCUGAAGGAGCAGUUACUAUAUGAUGAUUCCCAGUAUACAUUUUACUAGACAAAUACAUUUAAAACCUUCUUCUGUGGUCAGAAACAGAUAUCAGUUAAAUCAGUAUCGAUGUACACAAUUGGGAAAAUCAUCUUUGGUUUCAGUAUUCAAGCAUGUGCAUGUUAUGAUUGUUUUGCAAUGUUUGCACAAUAUAUAAUGAUGAACGCCUAUGCUUAUUAUGUCACUGUAGUUUUUAUUGUUAUUAUAGUUUUUUAAGUUGUUUAGGAUGUAGCUAGAACAAGAAAAGUAUGACAAAAUGAAUGCAGAGACAGUAAAUGAUUCUAUCUGAUCUGCAGGAGAUUUUCAUUGUGAAAGUCUAAAACUGAAUUUUGAAUAAUUCAUGUACCCUUUUACAAGUAAGGUAAUAACAGGGCCUUUUGUGAGACCUUCACACAGUGAUCACAACAUGUGCAGUCUAUGUGAGCUAAACUGUGGAUCAUUCAUUUUCAAAUUCAUCAAAUUAAUUUCUCAUUCAGACACUAGCAAAACUCUAUACAGGCCAAUUUGCACAUGUUCAGGAGCCAUCUUGAUUUAAGGAGUCACAUGGUUGCAUAGAUCACAUGAUCAAUUGAACCAAACUAUAACAAAUAAUCCAACCAAAUGAUUUACUUGAAAAUCUACAUGAAAAUAAUCCAAAAAGAAAAAGAGAGGGGAAAAAGGAGAAAAAAACAUUAAGAAUGAUAAUAAUAAUCCAACAUCAAAGAAAAAAGAAUAUGUAUAACAUACUAAAUUGCAAAGUAUAUCAAUUGUAAGUCUAAAAAUAUGUAUACAAAAUUACUACAACAUUUUUGUAAUGAUCCAUCAUGAUAUAAAUAAAUUAGGGAACAAUAAGUGUAUUUUGGAGUAACAAGAUAUAAUUCAUAGAAAACAGUUCUUUAUUCAAUCCCUUUGGAUAUACACAGUCCAUAUAAUAAAUCCACUUAGCUUCACAUUGUAAUAAUCUUUUGUUAGAGUCACCACCUCUUCUUGAGCUUGUCAAUCUCUGAAUACCACAAAAGCUCAUGUCAGUAAGCUUGUGACCAGCAUCUACAGAAUGUCUGGCCACAGGAGAAUGGAUGUCUGUCCUUCUAAUAGAACUUCUGUGCUCAUUGAUGCGGGUCUUCAGUUGGCGGUUGGUCUAAAAAAAAUCUAAAAAAAAAAAAAAAAAAAAUGAAAUGUCAAAACUAUUAGAUGUAGCUGAAGAUGUACACAAGUGUUUUUCAGUUUCAUCACUGUCUAUACAAAGGGGGAAACUUACGAAAAAUUUUGUACAGUAAUGUAAAUGUGGAUUAUGUAACAUAAACUGAGUUCUAAAAA